GCCGUUGGGAACGACGUCGUCUUCGUUCUGCGAGGAUGGAGGCUGACGUGUCUAAGGAAGGACUCCUGAGUUGCCUUCAUUUCCUCCUCCCCCAACGCCUUCCGCUCCUCGACAUCUUCAAAAUGGCAAAACUGGAGCCUUUCAGAGGGGAUUACUACCUCUGGAAGUACCUUCCUUCUAUCCCAGCAGCCGUUGUUUUUCUGCUUCUGUACAUAUGCGCGACCUUGGCGUUUUCCUGGCGCAUUUGGAGGACGAAGACAUGGUUUUGCACCGCUUUUGCCAUAGGAUGCCUAUGCCAGUUCAUCGGUUACGCUGCUCGGAUCUCUUCGCAUCACAAAACCGCCAAGGUCAUGCCCUUCGCCAUCCAAAACGCGUUUAUCCUGAUUGCCCCGGUGUUUUUCGCGGCCUCGAUCUACAUGACACUCUCUCGAGUGAUCCGGAGCGUUGGGGGAGAGAGACAUGCCCUGUUCAAGUUACGCUGGCUCACCAGGAUCUUUGUCACGGGCGACAUUCUCGCCUUGUUGAUCCAGAGCGGUGCCGCCGGUCUAAUGAUUGUGGAUUCCAUGGCGUCGAUUGGCGAAAUCGCCAUCAUCGGUGGCCUAAUCUUUCACAUCAUCAUCUUUGGCGUCUUCUGCGUGACCGCCACCCUUUUCCACGCCAAGAUGCGCCGGGACCCGGUAGCCGCGUCCAUACCCAAGGAGCUGAAGUGGGAGCAGAUCUUGCAUAUGCUGUACGCCUCGAGCGGUCUGAUCAUGGCACGUUCCAUCUUCCGUAUGAUCGAGUUCAUCAUGGGCCAGGAUGGCUACCUGCUCAGCACAGAGUGGCCACUCUAUGUGUUUGACUCGGUGCCCAUGUUCGCAGUUGCUGUCAUAUUUUGGUGGCGGUUCCCUUCGACGGUCCAAACGCCCAACGCAAGUGGCGAGUGGGAAGAAACCCGUGGUGGCUCGAUGGACUCGUUGGCGCCAACCGGCCAAGCUACGCCGGUCAAGAGAGGAUAUUGA